AUGAUUUCUGCUGCACUGAUAGUUUUUCUAUUUCCAGGGAUUUUUUCGGAAGAACAAACAGAGGAAGAGAAGCCCAGUGAGUGCCUUAAGAAGUGCAUGGGGCCUCUUAUAAAGAUUGAAAGAACCUACGACUAUAUGUUCAACAACUAUGAAGAGAUCUGCGAUAAACUGGAAACAGGAGCGUUCUGUGCGCGCAAAUGCGAGAGAAAGGACGUGGAAAAAUUCCAGCAAUAUACCACUUUCUAUAGAAUUCACUGUAUCGAUUAUGAAGAAGACCUCGAGCCCCACAUCCCAUGCCUGCGAAAAGCAGCGAAGGAGGCUGAUCAAGUGUGCAAGGACAGAUGUCAAAACAAUUAUAAAGUCGAAAAAACCGACGAGAAGGAGAAGCAGAUAAAGAAAGGCUGCCUAUCACUAGAAUGUUCGACCGUUUGCUAUUUCCAGGAGUUUGUUGAAGAAUGCCCCGAGGCUAAGGAGGCCCUCUUGAAAUUGAACGUCGGGCAAAUCCACUCGAUAGCGAUAACGAUUCAUCCGGUUUCAUUUGAACGUAUGUCGCAGGAAUGCAGAAAUGUCCACGACACUGAUCAUAUGAAGAAGAAAAUGUUGGGAAUAGAGGAUUGA